GACACAUAGAGCACACGCAGCCUAGUCACUGGAAGGAAAAAUGUUCCGAAUAGCUGUUAGCAGCUUGCCUGGCUGUUCCCUGCCUGCGUUGGCUGCUGUUUUAUGGUGGAAGAAAGAGAAAAGGAAGGAAAGGCUUGGACCAAGGCCAAAAAGCUGGAGGAAGGAAAUUCAUCCCCAUUACAAUUUGAGUGUGAAAGUGCUAAAAGCCAGACAUAUACAUGGAGCAGACAUGUUAUCAGAUGCAGAUUGCUAUGUUCAGCUACAACUCCCCACUGCAUCUCCUGUUCCUUCCCGGACAAAGGUUGUUUACAAUUCCAGUGACCCGGAGUGGCAGGAAACAUUUCACUAUCGUAUUCAUGGAGCAAUAAAGAACAUACUGGAACUCACUCUAUAUGAUCGCGAUGUAGUGAUGGAUGAUAAACUUUUUUCCAUUGUGUUUGAUGUAGGAAACAUUAAGCCUGGACAAACCAAAACAGAAGUUUUUAAACUCAGUCCCAAGGACAAGGGAGUGUUAGAAGUCGAAUUCCACCUUGAAGAAAGCCAAGAACCACCAGCUGAAAUAAUCACCAAUGGUGUUUUAGUGGCUCAUCCCUGUGUUUGUGUUGAAGGAAGAAUCACCAAUGGACAAAAGGGAAAAAAAGGGAACCAGAUAGUAAAGUUGUCUGUGCCUGGAUCCUACGAGAAGCAGAUAUGUGCUCUAUUAAAGCAGGCACAAACAAAUGAAGCAGGAAUUCCUUUUGUAUUCCACGCGGACCGUGAUUUCAACCCCUCUCUAAAUGUUUGUCUAGAACAGACACUACAAGUAGGACAGAAUGAUUUGGCACCAGAGCUGGACAAACAAACUGUAUACUUGGGUAAGGGGUCUUUACCAAUUUCAGCUCUUCCAGAUGGAACAGAAAUAAACCUCAGUAUCCCUCUAUCUAAGGAACACAUCAUAAAUAUGAGUAUGACGAAAGAGGAGAGCAGUCCUCAGGAACUUGAUAUCCGUCUAGGAUUUGGACUUUCAGAUGGGGAGAGAGACUUUCUAGAGAAGAGAAAAAAGGUUGUUGCAAAGUCUGUUAAAGAAGUCCUGGAACUUGACAAAGUCUCUGGCUCACGAGAGGUUCCCGUAGUUGCAGUCCUGGGUUCUGGAGGAGGAACACGAGCAAUGACCUCAUUUUAUGGUAGUCUACUAGGUCUUCAAGAGCUGAAGUUACUGGACAGCAUCACUUACCUAUCUGGUGUGUCUGGAUCAACUUGGUGCAUGUGCACACUUUAUGAAGAUUCCAACUGGUCACAGAAGGAUCUCCAGGGACCAGUUAGCAAGACAAGAAGUUCGGUUACAUCAACAAAAGCUGGAGCAUUCUCAACUGAUCGACUCAUGCAUUGCACCAAAGCACUGGUGGCCAUGGAAAAGGAAGGACACAAAGUCAACUUCAGUGAUUUGUGGGGACUUGUCUUGGAAUACUUUCUUCACCAGGCGGAUAAUCCAGCCAAACUUUCAGACCAGAAGGAGUGUGUGGAGAGGGGACAAAAUCCUUACCCCAUCUAUGCAGGAGUAAAUGUUCGUGUGAAUAUCAGUGGAGGAGACUUUGCCGAAUGGUGUGAAUUUACACCACAUGAAAUUGGAAUUCGUAAAUACGGAGCCUUCAUUCGCACUGAAGACUUUGGCAGUGAGUUCUUCAUGGGACAUCUUAUUAAUAGGAGGACAGAACCCAAAAUCUGCUAUUUGCAAGGAGUUUGGGGCAGUGCUUUUGCUGCAAACUUGGAUGAAAUCUGGGCUCGUGCAGCAGGCACAGGGAUCCUCUGGCUUAACUCUCUGACUGAUGUAAUCCGGGUGAUGGAUGAUUGCCGGAAAUUGCGCUGGGAUCCAUCUCGGCUACAGACCCGUUUGGUGAUGCCAGGUGGUAUAGUGUCCAAUAUCUUCCAGGAGUUCUUUAAGUCCCGAUUCACUGCAGGAGAACGAUGUAACUUCACAAGGGGCCUGUACCUCUACAAGGAAUACAAAGGAGUACGAGAAUUUCUGGCUUGGAAAGGAAAUCAUUUGGAUGCUUUUCCCAAUCAACUAACUCCUAUGGAAGAGAACUUAUACCUGGUGGAUGGAGGAUUCUCCAUCAACUCUCCUUUCCCAUUGGUUUUACAGCCUGAGAGGGAUGUUGAUGUCAUAUUGUCCUUUAACUACUCAUGGCAGGCUCCAUUUGAGGUGUUGCAUUUAACCAAAAAAUACUGCAGAGAGAGAGGAAUCGAAUUUCCCUCUAUCACUGUGAGUGAGAAGGAUGAGCAACAGCCGAAGGAAUGCUAUGUGUUCAUGGACGAAGAUAAUCCUCACUCUCCCAUAGUGAUUCACUUUCCUUUGGUGAAUGACACAUUUCGCACAUAUAAAGAGCCAGGCUUGCUCCGAGAAACAGAAAGCGAGAUGGCUUACGGGGACUUUAAACUCGUAGGGAAAGAUUCUCCGUACCGGACAAAAAACUUCACGUAUGAGCCGAAUGACUUUGAGCGUUUGGUAGAAGUGAAUCGGUACAAUGUGAUAAAUAACAAAGAGCAGAUCAUGAAGGCACUCAGAGCUGCGCUGGACCGCAGGAAGCACAAAAUAUGACCCGUG